AUGGCAGCUUUUCCCAGAACAAACCAACCCACUCACUCAUUCGCUCGACUCGUCGGAACCGACCACCGGAAACUCACCUCCGCCAGCGACGACGACUCCUCCCUAUCCCUCUCCGAUCUCGUGCAUAGCUUCCUCGAACAACCCACCGAUGACUCGCUGGGUAGCGACUCGGUCGACGAAUCUGCCAACUCGUCGGAGAACAACACACAAAGGUGGAGGACUGCAAUUACUCUUGCACUCGCGAACAAUGCGGAUCCAUACAGGAACACGCUCCACGCGCACGUUUCAGAGGCAACGGAGAGGUUUGAGUUUCUGAGGGAAAUGCGAAACGUUUCGGCUUUCCGUCGAAGCGUGGCGGCGUUUCUGAAAGAAAACGGUCACGACGCGGCGGUGUGUAGAACCGCGUGGGAGUCUGGCAGUGGUGUAACCGCCGGGAGCUACGAGUUCAUCGACGUGGCGCGAUCGGGAUCGCGGUACUUCGUGGACCUUGAUUUUCGCGCGCAGUUCGAGAUUGCGCGGCCGUCAGGGGAAUUCUUGGAGGUGCUGAGCGCCGUCCCCGUCGUGUUUGUUGGCGGAGCGCCGGAUGUGAAACGCGUCGUUUUGACUGUGUGCGACGCGGCGAGGAGGUGUUUCAGGAGUAGAGGGCUUUCGGUUCCGCCGUGGAGGAAAAACCGGUUCAUGCAGAAUAAGUGGUUUGCCCCGUGCCGGAGAACAGUGAACCCGGUUCAUGGGAACCCGGUUCGGGCAGCACCUAUAAGGGUAACUGCAGUUAACGGUGUUAGUUGCAGGUUAGUUGGGUUCGAUGACGUUGUGUUGGAGGCAAGACGCGGCGGCGGCGGCGGCGUUGUCCGCACGAGAUGA